AUGAUCAAACUAUCACCCACCUCCACCACUUAUGCCGCGGAUAUUAGUGUGAACAAUGAUAAAUUAGAGGAACAAACGGCAGUGGCGGAAAUCGGCACCACAAGUACUCAGUUGACGAGCACUCUCAAUUCUGUACUGUCACGUGGGAAUCUGAAUCCAAACUUGAAUCUGAAUCAUAUAGUACUCAAGUCAAAAAAUGUCAUUGAGAUGGCUACUGGCAACAAAGAGUUACCAGAUGACAGACUUGAAUCAAAUGUUAACGACAAAUCAAGUUCGCCAAAGGAAAAGAGUUGGAAUGGUGGACACUGUUGUCCACACUAUUGUCAUGAUAAAAGCCUUCAAAUUUUCACCAAAUAUAAAAGUUGUGAUAAAAAGAUGCCAGAAAAGGAGAUGAUUGGAGAAUACAAAUUAUUGGAAUCAGUCGCAGAAAUGGUUCAGAAAUACGAGGAAAGAUCACGGCUGGAAAGUGAACAAGAUGUACAUACUUUUUAA